CUUCCCUCACACUUCACCCAUCCACAUCCCUCUGGUGCCAAUUUCUGCCAUCUGCCCCAUGCCCAGGAGGUGUUCCACGACCCCACAUCCCAGACUCCUGGCCACAGCUCCAGGACCACUUCUCAGCUGGGAAGCUGGUGGGACCAGAGGAGGCCCUGACCCAGCUUCUCUCUGUGGAACUGUCACCUCCAGGGACAGUUGUCAGCAGGACCUCAAGUGUGAGUUCUACUUCAGCCUGGACGCUGAUGCCGUCCUCUCCAACCCGCAGACCCUGCCCAGCCUCAUGGAGGAGAACAGGAAGGUGAUAGCGCCCAUGCUGUCACGCCAUGGCAAGCUCUGGUCCAACUUCUGGGCAGCGCUGAGCCGGAAUGAGUACUACGCGCGCUCCAAGGACUACGUGGAGCUGGUGCAGAGGAAGCGAGUGUGAGU